AUGAAGAUCAUCGUGCCGCUUCUCUCAUCGUCGAUUCUGAUCGGACCGGUCGCUGGCAUCAUUGGUGGCAAUGAGCUUAUGAAGGCAAGAACGUAUGUGGCUGGUAUCCGUACCACAGUGGAUCCCAAGUCUGAGGACAACUUCAGCCAUUGUGGUGGUGUUCUGAUCACUUCUACUCACGUGCUGACGACGGCGUCAUGCGCUGAAGCAGCACCUGCAAACUUUGUGUCUGUUGGCGCCUACUUCGUUAAUGGUGGCGAAGACGGCGAGGAGAUCAAGGUCAGAAGCGUCACGAAACACCCACAGUUCAACCGCAACACUCUAUCGAACGACUUUGCCGUGCUGACGCUCGAGAAGAAGUGCAGCAAGAAGCCCGUACAGCUUCCAGCACCAGGUGGCGCCGACAUCAGGUCUGGAAUGUGGGUCACAGCGAUGGGAUGGGGUCUCACUUCCGCUUCUGCUGAUGCCAUGUCGUCUGAGAAGUUGAAGGAACUGCACCAGCAAAUCAUUCCCAACGACGUUUGCCGCAAGGCUCUGAAGUCGACGACUAUCGGCAUGUCUCAUGUGUGUGCUGGUGGCCAGCGGGGACAAUCUCCUUGUGUGGGCGACAUGGGAGGUCCGGUGAUUAGGGGGGACGCGUCGGUAGACGGCAAUGACGUGCUCAUUGGUUUGAUUGCCGGUAGCGAUGGAUGCGGUGUUAAGCAAGGGAUUCCUGCUAUCUACGCGCGUGUGUCGUCAGUUCUUCCGUGGAUUAACUCUGUCGUGAAGAACUCCAAGUAA